ACAACGAACGACACUCACACUUUCAAACAUGGCCGCUUCUCCGUCUUGAAACGACCAUUCUCUGUUUUUCCGAUCAAUAUUAAACAAUUAACACACUUAAACCAAUAAAUUUAAUUUCACAUUAUACCACUUAUAUUAACAAAAGAACUCUAUAAUAAAGUUCAUUAAUUUUGAUCUUGAAAUUCAUCAAAAAAUUUUUUGAAAAUAAUAUGUACAACAAUCCUGGUUAUCCAAUGUAUCAACAACGUACACCCCAAAAUCAAGGUUAUGGUGGUAAUCAUUUUUGGAAAUCCCAAAAUGGAAAUGCUGACAAUACAGAUUUUGGAGGAGCCAUGUUUAAACCAAUGAAUAAGACACCUGGUGAUUUAUUGAGAAAACCAAACUGGACUCGUGAAUCUCUUCAACCGUUUAAAAAAGACUUUUAUUCUCCACAUAUAGAUACUAUUAAUAGGAGUCAAGAUGAAGUGAAUUCCUACCGUGUUGACAAAGCGAUAACAAUUCGUGGCACAAAUGUUCCAGACCCAAGUCAGUUCUUUAUUGAAGGAAAUUUUCCAGAAAGUGUUGUUCAAGAAUUAAAAAAACAAGGAUUCUUAGAACCAACUGCAAUUCAAGCUCAAGGAUGGCCUAUCGCUUUAAGUGGUCGUGAUCUUGUGGGUAUUGCUCAGACUGGUUCUGGAAAAACUUUAGCAUAUAUGCUGCCAGCAGCAGUACACAUCAGUAAUCAGGAACCAUUACAGCGUGGUGAUGGUCCAAUUGCGUUGGUAUUAGCUCCAACUAGGGAAUUAGCACAACAAAUUCAAAGUGUAGCAAAAAUGUUUAGUUCAAGUAUUAGAAAUACUUGCAUUUUUGGAGGUACCCCCAAAGGCCCACAAGCUCAUGAUUUACAAAAUGGUGUUGAAAUUGUAAUUGCAACUCCUGGACGAUUAAUUGAUUUCUUAGAACGUGGAUCGACUAACUUGAAACGUGUAACAUAUUUAGUUCUUGAUGAAGCUGAUCGAAUGUUAGAUAUGGGUUUUGAACCACAAAUUAGAAAAAUUAUUGAACAGAUAAGACCUGACCGACAAGUAUUAAUGUGGUCUGCAACAUGGCCAAAAGAAGUCCAGGCAUUAGCUGCUGAUUUCUUAGUUGAUUACAUACAAAUUAAUGUAGGUUCUUUAGAACUUGCUGCCAAUCACAACAUUCAACAAUUUAUUGAAGUAUGUGAAGAUCAUGAAAAAGAUUAUAAAUUAUUUGAAUUGCUUAUGAAAAUAUCGAUUGAACCUGGGUUUAAAGCUAUAAUCUUUGUAGAAAAAAAAAAGAAAGUUGAUGAAUUAACUAAACAAAUUAGGAAUGAAGGUUACACUGCCACAUCAAUGCAUGGAGAUAAAUCUCAACAGGAUCGAGAUCAUGUUUUAAAUGAGUUUAGAAAUGGAAAAUCACCAAUAUUAGUUGCCACUGAUGUUGCAGCCAGAGGAUUAGAUGUUGAUGAUGUUAAAUAUGUGAUCAAUUAUGACUAUCCAAAUUCUUCAGAAGAUUAUGUACAUAGAAUUGGUAGAACUGGUCGUUCUAAACAAAUGGGGAUUGCCUAUACUUUCUUUUCUUCGAAUAAUAUGCGUCAGGCUAAAGAUCUAAUAGCUAUUCUGGAAGAAGCACAUCAAGUAGUUCCUGAAGAACUUUUGGAAAUGGCCAAUAUGGCAAAAAGUCAUAUGUCAAGUCGUGCUAAAUGGACCAGUCGAUAUCGAGAUGUCAAUACACCUUUGGUACCUCAAGCUCCAUAUGGUCAAACCAACAUGGCAAGAAUUUCUAAUCAUAACUUUUCAAAUGGUAAUGGCUAUGUUAAUGGAUAUAAUAGCUAUAAUAAUGGAGGACCCAACUAUAAUAAUGGUAGUAACUAUACUGGUGGUCAAAACUAUCAGAGUAAGCCUUAUAAUAAUGAACUCAAAAAUGGAGGAUAUCAAUCGGGAACAAAUAAUAUUCCACGCAAUGUACCAAAGUUCCAAAAUCCACAAUAUCAACCACAAUUUAAUGGCAAUAGUGUUCCAAAAUAUGGUCAAAAUCAAGCAAAUUCUGUUGGUUAUAACAAUCGUAGUCAAAACAACUAUCCUAACAAUCAACGUACCAAUUAUCAACCCAGAAAUUAUAAUCAGCAGCGUCAAUUUUCCAACAUGGCAGACAUGUAUGCUGCUGCUAUACCCCCUCAAUACAUGAUGAAUGGUGCUGCUGAUGCAUCAAUACAACCUUUACUUACACAUAAAUUCUUCCAGCAAAACCGCCCUCCUACUGUCACUCAAGAUGCGUUUCAGAGUGGUUAUGCUGCUGUACCUCAAGCAGGUGGUUACCAGUAUUAUGGACAACCUCAAACAGUUCAACAAUAAACAAAACUGAUAUAAUUAAUUUAAAUUUAAAAAUCAAUGUUUAACGAUUGUGACUUCUUAUCAAUUUUUUGGAUUUAGGGGCUAAUUUUUUUUUCUUCCACUGUUUAAUUACAAAUUGAAGUCACAUUCCAAAUUUAAUUAAUAAAGUUAACUUUAUUACUAAUUAUCUAUAUAAUAUAAUAAUCUAAUACUUUUCUUUUUGAAAUGCACAUAAAACUUGAAACAUCCAGAAGAAAUGCAUAAUAUAUUGACAAAACAUGGUUACUAUCUAACCUUAAAUAUAAUAUUUAAACUAGUCUUUAAAAAGUAUAAAAAUGUGUUUUAUACAAAUUAUUUAGACAACUUGAAUGAGUUCCUUUUUUUUCUUUUUUUGCCAAGGGUCAAUUUUUUAUAACAAGUCCAUGUAAAUUGUAUAAAACUCGAUAAAAUUAACAUUAUGAUAUUAAUUUUUAUUUGUCUAUUAAUUUAUAUUGUAAAAAAUAAUAAUACUCGAUCUGUGAUAUUUGUUAAACGAUGUAUAGCGCGAUGUUCCCUAAUUUAGAGUUUAAGGGAUUUAUUUAAAAUGAAAAUUUAAAAAAAAAAAUAAUUUAUAAGAAAAAUGUUUUAGAUAUAUUUUUCUGUGGCAUCUUUAACAAAUCUGGGGGAAAUGGAAAGACUGAUAUGAAAACUCGUAUUUCUAUUUAUUAAUGCGAUAAGCUACUAGUUAUGUGUAGUGGUGCAAUAUAAUGUCGACCAAUAAAUGUCUCAGAUUUUUUUUCUCCAACUGAAUCAUAUUGUUAUUUUAUUGAGAUGUUUUCUUUUUAUUAUUAUUAUUAUUUUUCCUUUUUUAUAAUAGUGAUCAAAAAAAGUUUUAAGGUUUAUAUAGUAUUAAUGUGUAAGUUAAAAUAUUUUUUUUUUUUUUUUUUUUUUUUUUUGUAUAUGCUAUUAUGUGACCCUAUUUGUCGAUACAUAAGAGUUAGCGUUUGCUUACAACUAAGCGCAUUAUUAUAUUGAAGGAUCUUCUGAAAGUUUCUACAUUAAAGUGCAUUUCUUUUAUUAUUCAAACA